AUGGCUGGACGAAACAAACACACAUUGACUACUGAAGAAGAUGCAAAGUUAAUUGAAGCAUUUUUGGAGUUACAUGUAUUCGGAAAGUAUGGUGGUGUCGAUAACGGAUUCAAACCCGGUUAUUUAAAGGCAGUGCAACAAUUACUAGAUAGUCAUAAAGGUGCUGCAUGUUUUCGCGAUAAACCAUUUCCCCAAUUCGAUAAUCUAUGUAAAAUCUUCGGUAAGGACAGAGCUACUGGUCAUGGAGCUACUGAUCUUGGAGAAGAUGUGACUGAAGAGACACAAAGAAGCUCACCUGUUGAUGUGGAAGGGUUGGAAGAUAUUGUUGAAGAGACGCAACAAAUUGCUCGUGGCAAUAGUAAACGCAAAAGGCCUCCAACAGAUGACACUGAAAGCUCUUACAAGGAAGCUGCAAAAGAAAUGAAAGAGACUUUCAAGGAGGUUGGUGAAAAACUCAAUGAAACAAUAUACAAUAUAGGAAUGCAAGAAAAUAAGGAAGCAUGUGAUAUGAUAGAUAAAGUUAUCGAAGAUAUACAACGCAGGACCGCCUCAACCCAACCAAAUGCCAUAGACGAUCAUGAGAAAGAUCUAACCCGGUUCCCAAAACCUGAAUGA